AUGGUCAACUCUGGCUCGAACAUCAAAUCCGAGAGUCUUACUCUGGUCUUUGGACCUCAGGAUCCUAACCUCGACAACACAUUCUUACAGUCACUCCGGACAACCCUGCUCGAGACACCAGAGCUGCAGUGGAUUCUGGAGACCUUGACACAAUUACCACAGGAAUGGCAAAAGAUCUCAGAUGCCCAUUCAGAGCUAGCGGCAUUCCAGGGCCAGAGAUAUCUGCAGCUACUUAACGAAUGGGUCAGAAGAGGCACACUACCCUCAAACCUGUUUCCACUGCCUAACAUACUCGUUACCCCGUUGGUUGUCACGACCCAAUUGACACAGUACACGAAGUUUAUAACACAGCUCAACCCGGGGAUCACAUCAAAUGACAGCCUUCAGGGGGCUUUAAAACUUGACACGGAGACGGCCGGUCUCUGCACUGGACUCAUCAGCUCAGCUGCAGUGGCAAUCUCUGGGACUCUGGCAGAGCUACAAAAGCAUGGCGCGGCCGCUAUUCGUAUUGCCACCGCUAUCGGGGCUUUGGUGGAUGCAGGAGAUUCAGAGCGUGAAGACGGAGACAAAUGGGAGUCGUUGGCUGUUGGAUGGACUGCCCAUGGCACGGAGAGCAAAUUGGAAAGCAUUGUAGACGGUUCUCCAGAGGCAUAUGUAUCGGUCAUUUCCGAAGCCCGCCUAGCCACCCUCACUGUGUUGAAGGCUGAUACACCUGAGCUGUUGGAGAAGCUAAAGGCUGCUGGAGUCAUCUUCACGAAAACCGCCUUGCGUGGGCCAUUCCAUUGCGGGAAGCGCAAGGAUCAGGCGGCUUCCCUCCUGCAACUCUUUGACUCAGACCCAUCUUUUCAAUUCCCACACGCUUCUCAACUCGCCUUCAGCACGCGCUCUGCCGAUAGCGGCAAAUUCCGAAUCGAGGACAAACUUCACCAUGAGGCUGCCCGAGCUAUGCUGACCGACAAGGCUGAUUGGCAUAAACUCUUCACGGCGCUGCAUGAGUCGACCUCUACUCGCCCAUCUCUCACCAUCUGCUUCGGAAGCCAGCGCUUCGUGCCGCAGUGGUUCCUACGCAAACUCGGCCCGAAACUGGCGUAUGCCGCCGAUCUUGAUGCUAACCCCGGCCAAUUACCCCCAGCACUAGGCGCUCUGUUAGGACCCAUUGAGGAUGACGCCAUUGCCGUAGUCGGUAUGGCCUGUCACUUCCCCGGUGGAAGUGACCUCAAUGAGUUCUGGGACACGAUAUGCGCGGCUGAAUCACAGUGCACUGAGGUGCCUUCAGAUCGCAUCAAUUUCGAUUACGCUGCCUGGCGCGAGAACGAUGAGAAGAGAAAGUGGUUUGGUAACUUCGUCCGUGACUAUGAUGCCUUUGACCACAAGUUCUUCCAGAAGAGUCCACGCGAAACGGUAUCCAGCGAUCCGCAGCAUCGAAUGAUGUUGCAGGUGGCCUACCAGGCUGUACAACAGUCUGGAUACUUCAGUAAAGCAGCGAUUGACCAGCACGUCGGUUGCUAUGUGGGUAUCGGAGUGGUGGACUACGAGAAUAAUGUUGCCUGCCAUGCACCUACAGCGUAUACUGCCACGGGCAACCUCAAGUCGUUCGCUGCCGGAAAGAUCAGUCACUUCUUUGGCUGGAGUGGUCCAGGUGUUACCAUUGACACAGCCUGCUCGUCGUCUGCCUUGGCCGUUCAUCAUGCCUGCAACGCUAUCCUGAACGGUGAAUGCAAUGCUGCUCUUGCUGGUGGUGUUAACGUGAUGACGAGCCCAGAGUGGUACCAGAACCUCGAUGGAGCCUCCUUUCUCAGUCCUACCGGACAGUGUAAGCCGUUUGAUGAAGCCGCCGAUGGCUACUGUAGAGGUGAAGGCGCUGGCGCUGUUUUCCUAAAGAAGCUAUCUGCCGCAAUGGAAGAUGGCGACCAGGUUCUAGGUGUUAUCAGGGGAUCCUCUGUGAACCAAAACGCAAAUUGCUCGGCUAUCACCGCCCCAAGUGUUCAGUCCCUCACCGGCGUUUUCAACACCGUUCUGCGCAAGGCUAGACUGGAUCCUAAGCAAAUCUCCGUGGUCGAGGCACAUGGUACUGGCACACAGGUCGGUGAUCGUGCAGAGUACGACAGUGUUCGCAGGGUGUUGGGCGGACCGGGUCGCGCGGAACCUCUUUCCCUGGGUUCGGUCAAGGGCCUCAUCGGCCAUUUGGAGUGUGCCUCCGGUGUAGCUGCUUUGAUCAAAGUGCUUUUGAUGAUUCAAAAUGGCGCAAUUCCUCCGCAGUCUAGCUUCCGUACCAUCAGCUCUAAACUCGACGCGUCGCCCUUGGAUAAUAUCGAGAUCUCCACUUGUCUCAGGCCUUGGGCGACGGGCUCCCGCGCGGCGCUCAUCAACAACUACGGCGCAUCUGGCUCGAACGCGUCGCUUGUCAUCACACAGGCGGACCAUGCGGAGGUUCAGAGUGAAGCUCCUAGGGUGGUCGAGGCAUUUGCUGGCAAGCGUCCAUUCUGGUUCUCUGGUAUAGAUGACCAGUCUUUGCGAUCGUACGCCGCAAAGAUGGUCCGCUUCCUUCAAACGAGGAAACCGAAUGACAACCGCUUUACAAUUGAUAAUCUAUCCUAUCAAUUGGCGCGCCAAUCGAACCGAUCUCUCGGACAGUCGCUCAUCUUUAGCUGCGCGUCCGUUGCCGAGCUCGAAGCGAAACUCGCCAGCUUCGCAGACGGAUGGAGCGAGCUGAAAUCUACUCAGCGACAACAGUCAUCUCGUCCAGUCAUUUUGUGUUUUGGUGGCCAAAAAUCCAACUUUGUCGGCUUAGACCGUGAGGCCUACGACCACUUCAAAGUACUCCGUACUCACCUCGACCAAUGUCACGAGAUAUGUCUAUCUCUUGGUCUUGGUGGAAUCAUUCCCGCUAUCUUUGAGCGGACUCCCAGAAGUAGCAUUGUCGAGUUGCAGACCAUGCAGUUUGCGCUGCAGUACUCGUGCGCCAAGAGCUGGAUUGACAGUGGUGUUCAGGUCGCUGCGCUGGUGGGCCACAGCUUCGGGGAGCUCACUGCUAUGUGCGUCUGUGGGACGCUCUCCGUCAGGGAUACUUUAAAAAUGAUUGUUGGGCGCGCUCGUCUCCUUGAGGAGAAAUGGGGCCUGGACCGUGGCUCCAUGAUGGCUGUCGAUGGUGAGUUAGAGAGCAUCCAAAAAUUGCUGCGCGAGACCAACGCCGCACACACGACAGAGCCACCUGUCAAUAUCGCCUGCUUCAACGGUCCCCGCCAAUUUACCCUCGCGGGCACAUCGAAGGCGAUGGCUGUUGUUAAGCAGACUCUGUCGAGCAACCCAUUUUUCUCGAGUAUCAAAGCGAAGCAGCUGGAUACCACCCACGCCUUCCACUCUGUUCUGGUGGACCCUCUAGUCCCCGAACUUGAGAAGCUCGGUGAGGACUUGAUCUUCCGCAGUCCAGUCAUUCCACACGAGAGAGCCACCCAGGAGGCGAUCAGGGACCCGCCGGCUUUCAACGUCUUUGCCUCUCACAUGAGAGACCCCGUUUAUUUCGACCAGGCAGUCCAACGGCUGGCCCAGAAAUACCCUUCCAGCAUCUGGCUCGAAGCUGGCUCUGGCUCAGGUGUUACUGCACUUGCCAGUAGAGCGGCCGGAUCCUGUGGUAUGGUCUUCCAAUCAAUCAACAUCACCGGCUCCGGAGCAGUACAGAAUGUGGCAGAUGCUACCUUCAACCUAUGGAAAGAAGGUCUGAACGUUUCUUUCUGGGGGCAUGUUGGACAGACUGUUAAAUCCCUUCUCCUCCUGCCACCAUAUCAGUUUGCAAAAACGAGACAUUGGCUCGAGCGCCGCAAGCCGGAGGUCAAGGAAGCAGCCCCCGUGGCUCCUUGGCCGAAGUCACCGAAAGGGCUUUGGACAUUUAUGGGCUUCCAGGAUAGUGGCAACACUCACGCCCGCUUCCAAAUUCAUUCUACCUCGGAUGAAUUCAAGAAGUAUGUCGGUGCUCAUCUCGUCGCACAAACAGCACCGAUCUGCCCCAGCAUGUUCCAGCACGUUAUGGCCAGGGAGGCACUGGUGAGCCUACUGGAGGGCUCGGAUAUCAUCCCCGAACUAGAGAAUAUGGAGAAUGAUGCACCGUUGUGCCUCGACGAGUCUAGGUUUGUCUGGCUUGAUGCGCACAGAACCGAUAGUGAAUCGACUAGCUGGGAGUUCCGCAUCACCAGCGUAGACAAAGACAACGCGGGAAGCAAUGCGACCCAGCAUGUUUCAGGCCGACUGCUGUUCCGCUCCCUUGGUGAUUCCACGAGCGUCUUCACCACGUUUGAACGCCUGGUGAAUCGCCGACGUCCUCUUGACCUGCUGGACGGACAAGAGGCGGAGGAUGUGAUCCAGGGCAGCCGUAACAUUUACAAGGUCUUUGCACCCGUUGUGCAGUACAAUGAUGAUAGCUACAAGGGCUUGCAAAAGCUCGCUGCUAGUGGCAACGAGUCAGCGGGGCGGAUCGUCAAGCAAGAUGCGGAACAAACUAUCCUCAGCGUGGGACUCGCUGACACAUUCUGCCAAGUAGCUGGCAUCUAUUUAAACUGUAUGGCCGAGUGUGAGGACGGCAAGAUGUACUUGUCCAAUCGUGUCGAGAGAUGGAUCCGCUCCCCUAACGUCCCAUUGGACUCGCGACCAAAUCAAUGGGAGGUGCACGCGAUACAUAAUCGCCCAUCUCCCAAGGCGUAUGUGAGUGACUUGUUCGUCUUUGACUCUGCUACCGGCAAGUUGGUGUGGGUUAUUAUUGGCCUCCACUUUGUUGAAGUGUCUAUCGCCGGCAUGUCUCGCCUUUUGGGACGUUACACUGGUGUCCAGUCUACACAGCAAGUGGCAGCUUUAGCUCCCGAGCCUCUCCCAGUGCUGCCUGGUAUUGCCUCUCCCGCUGCUGUCCCAGUCGCAAAGCCACCUGCGAACAAGCCCAAGACAAAGACGUCUACCAGCUCACCGACGAAGAAGGCUCCGGGCCGUGAUGUCUUGAACGGUGUCCGGGAGCUGUUCUGUAACUUGCUUGGUCUCGAACCAGAGGACAUCCGGCCUGGUUCGGAUCUCGUUGAGCUGGGCAUCGACUCGCUGCUAGCUAUGGAGGUCGCCCGAGAGGUGGAGAAGGCGUUCAGCAUCAAGUUCGAACUCGAGGAGCUUAUGCAAAUGACCGAUGUCCGGAGCUUAGUUAACUGCAUUCAAGCGAGCAUGGGUGCAUCCGACUCUUCCACGACAGAUGGAGAUCUCAGCGAUGGCUUUGACGAGGCUUCAGCAGCCGGGAUCCAAACUCCGCCAAGUGAGCCUGCUGAAGACGUCAAGAUUCCCAGUAUUGGUAGUGCGCCAAUCACUGGACACCUCUCUGCUGAUUCCAUCAUCGAGGCUUUUACUGAAACCAAGCUUCUAACCGAUCGGUUUAUCGAGCAAAAUGGCCUCUCUGGGUACUCCAACUACGUUCAGCCAAAGCUGACUGAGUUGGUCGUGGCCCACACACUCGACGCCUUUGACCAAUUGGGCUGCUCCCUACGUUCUGUACAGGAGGGCCAGAUUAUCAAGCGACUCCCCUAUCUUCCAAAGCAUGACAAGGUAAUAGCUGUUUUGACUGGUCUUUUGGAGAAGGCUCGUCUCAUCGACUUAGAUGGCUCGACCAUGAUUCGGACAGCGGCACCCUUGCCAACCAAGUCCGCUCCGCAACUGCUCCAGGAGCUCCUACACGAGUAUCCCGAGCAUGCAUAUGACCACAAGCUCACUAGUCUGACCGGAUCACGACUAGCAGACUGCCUAGGUGGCAAAACUGAAGCCAUCCAGCUGCUUUUUGGCAGCGCCGAGGGACGCGAGCUGGCUGCCGGCAUGUACGGAAAGUCUCCAAUCAAUGUGGCCUGGCUCCGUCAGCUGCAGCAUUUCUGGCAGCGGUUCCUAGCCCACCUCCCACAACAACAACAAGAACCGAUCAACAUCUUGGAGAUGGGCGCCGGGACAGGAGGCACCACAGCAGCCUUGUUGCCGCUCCUCGCCAGCUCCGGCGUCCCCGUCCGCUAUACCGCCACCGAUAUCUCUCCUUCUCUGGUGGCCGGCCUCCGGAAGCGCUUCAAGGACUACCCCUGGAUGCGAUUCGAGGUUAUUGAUAUUGAGGAAAAACCACCCACGAAGCUUCUGGAAACCCAGCACGUGGUGCUAGCGACCAACUGUGUACACGCAACCCACAGUCUGGCGGUUACUACCAAGAACAUCCACAGAAUCCUCCGUCCCGAUGGCUUCCUCGUCAUGCUGGAAAUGACCGAAGCUGUGCCAUGGGUCGAUUCAGUAUUUGGACUGGUGGAAGGUUGGUGGCUGUUCAAUGACGGUCGCACCCACGCCCUCGCUCAACCGGACUUCUGGAAGCGGACAUUGCAUGCCAACGGAUACGGCCAUGUCAACUGGUCCGAUGGCCAGCUCCCUGAGAAUUCGAUACAGCGCAUUAUUAUCGCGCUCGCGUCUUCUGAAAGCCAAAACCUGGUAUCUAUAUGUCCCCCAGCCCCUUCGAUCACCACGGCUGACUUUGCUGCCCGUCAAGCGGUAGUGGACUCCUUAGUCCAGAAACACACCCACGACUUUGCCGUUCCUACUUCGCUCCCUAUCUCCCAAACAAAUAAUGAUUCUUUUCGCUGUGUGUUGGUUACUGGCGCCACUGGCAGUCUCGGAUCCCAUCUGGUUGCUCACUUCGCCGCGCAACCGGACGUACGCAAAGUCAUCUGUCUGAACCGGGUGAGUGGCUCAGACGCGACAACUCGCCAGCUUGAGGCGCUGCAGUCAAGGGGCCUACAGUUCAAUCAAAAUAUACUGUUAAAAAUCGAAGCAAUUGAAACGAACUCUUCAGCACCAAUGCUUGGCCUUUCCGGCAACGAGUAUCAACAUUUGGUCAAUUGUGUCACCGACGUUGCCCACAACGCAUGGGCCAUGAGCAUGACCCGCCCAGCACGAGGCUUCGAGGCUCAAUUCAAGGCCCUUCGCAAUUUAAUCGACCUCUGCCGCGACGCAGCCUGUCACCGGCGAGCGGGUAUGGAGAAAAUCGGGUUCCAGUUCGUCUCCUCCGUAUCGGUUGUGGGCUGUCACCCUUUCCUGACCAACGAGGCUUGGGUCCCGGAGCAAAGGGUCAACGUAGCGUCUGCCCUGCCGAUGGGCUACGCAGACGCUAAGCUCAUCUGUGAGAAGAUGCUGGAUGAGACGCUGCACAGAUAUCCGGACCACUUCCGCACCAUGGCCGUGAGGGUCGGUCAAAUCUCGGGCUCCAAGGUCAACGGGUACUGGAAUCCAGUGGAACACUUGGUGCACCUGAUCAAAUCGUCGCAGUCCCUUGGUGUUCUCCCGGAUCUCGACGGUGUAUGUCCUUCCAUUGACCUUAUUUCCUGA